AUGUCCUCAUCUACACCCGUCAUUCUACUCACCGGCGCCUCUCGUGGUGUCGGCCUCGCAAUUGCACAGCACCUCCUUAAACACUCCGCACGCCUGUUCCUCGUCGCCCGGACUGCCGGUCCUCUCGAAGCCCUCAAGGCGGAAUUCCCUAGCCAGGUCGACUACCUCUCUGGUGAUCUCGCCGAUACCUCCGUCUGCAGAGCUGCUGUAGUGCAGGCUGUAGCAACAUAUGGCAGGCUUGAUGGUGUGAUUGUGAACCACGGUGUGCUAGAGCCUGUUGCGAGGGUUGCGGAUGCGGAUAUUGAUGCGUGGAAAGCUGCCUUUGACGUGGGUUUCUUUGGGGUUGUUGCUUUGGUUAAGGAGGCGAUCCCCGAGUUGAGGAAGGCAAAGGGCAGAGUAGUCUUUGUGAGUAGUGGAGCGGCAGUGACGGGCUAUGAGGGAUGGGGUGCAUAUGGCUCAAGUAAGGCUGCGUUGAACCAUUUGGCAAUUACCCUGGCAUCAGAAGAGAAGGAGAUUACAAGCAUUUCCAUCAGGCCGGGAGUCAUUGAUACGCAAAUGCAACAAGAGAUCAGGGAGAAGCAUGCGGCCGCAAUGGGGGGAACUCAUGACAAGUUCAUGAAGUUGAAAGCGACUGGAAAACUGCUGAGGCCUGAUCAACCCGGGAAUGUCAUCGCGAAGUUGGCAUUGAAGGCUCCUAAAGAUCUUUCGGGACAAUUCUUAAAUUGGAACGCGGAGCAGCUGGCCGACUUUCAAGAAUAA